GUAAUAUUGUGACUUUAAACAGCCUUACUUUGCGGCGGAGGCUACAAUGCUUGGGAAAUAUGGGUUUGAUUUUAAUGGUGCAUCUCAAUCCUUCAACACAUUGGCAGAGUACUUGUUUGGUAAGAACACAAAGAAGGAAAGUAUGGCGAUGACAACACCCGUAAUCACUCGUAGAACUCAAUCUGAUGGGGAGAAGAUGGAAAUGACUACUUCAGUGAUAACUAAAAGGGUGGAAGAUCAAGGAAAGUGGAGGAUGUCCUUUGUCAUGCCCUCAAAGUAUGGUUCGGACUUGCCACUACCAAAGGAUUCCUCCGUAACUAUCAAGGAGGUGCCUAGGAAAACUGUCGCCGUUGUUGCUUUUUCAGGUUUUGUGACUGAUGAAGAAGUUAAAGCCCGAGAAUCAAGACUAUGUGCUGCGUUAAAGGGAGAUGCAGAGUUUCGGGUAAAAGAUGGUGCCUCGAUAGAAGUUGCACAGUAUAAUCCACCAUUCACUCUUCCAUUCACACGUCGGAAUGAGAUUAGCCUGGAAGUUGAAAGGAAACAGGAAUAGCUAGUCAGGGUGCAACAUCUUGCAGAUAAAUCCGUGCACUGAUAUAUAGAAACCAGUGAAGCAAAACAUAUAUGGCGUAAAUAUAUUGUGUUGAUAUACUCCUUGUAUAUAUAUAUAUGUAUAUAUAUAUAUUUGGUGAUUGCUUGACAUUUUGGUAACAAGGUUAUGUACAUGCACAGAAAUGUAAGGUCACUUAUGCUUCAACUCUGAAUAUAAUAACACUGUCUUUAAUACU